GGUGAUAAUUAUUAUAAGGGUGUUUUUUUCUUCAAGUGUGUAAGAAUGAAGUCGUAUGCCGAUUGAAAUCAUGUAUGAUGUAUUACAUAUACUUCCCAAACCAAAAGAAAAAAUGAAUAACUAAAAACUCAAUAGGGUCACCGGAGAUAUUUCAAAAUUUUAAAAGAAUAAUAUGCACUGAGAUAUUUCACAAAAUAAUAAAAAAACAUCGUCCACUUGGUAUAAAUAUGUAGCCGUCAAUAAACUUUAUUAAUUUGAUGAUCAAGCAAUUGACUAGAGUUAUCAUUGUCAUAUGUCUCAUGUGCAUCUAUUCCUUCUUUAAAAAUCAAGAAUUCCUCAUAUAAUUUUAGGGCUGAGCGAUAAAGAUUCUAUUGCAAUAACUAAAUGUACAAAAUGAUAUUAUUUAAAAGUGCAGAAAACGAUGAUGAUGGGUAGUAAGUUGCUAGAUGAGAUGAUAAAUCUAAUCUUAUAAAAGUACAAAGUCAAAGUGAUAAUAGUACGUCUAGAUACAGUUGCAAAGAAAUGAGCUAGAUAACAAAAUGAAAAUCCAAUAUUAUAAAAUUUAGUCUGAUUGUAAUAGGAAAAAUAUAGUAAAGUACUACGACAAUACGAAGAACACUAUUUACUAGAUAGAUAGCGUUGUGAUAAAAUGUCAAGGUUUGGUUCGACCAGACAAUAUGGGACCUUCACAAUGUCUGUCUCAUGUUUCCUGCAUGCCAUGCAUUCUAUUUACUCUUUCGUUCUCUACGUGCCCACGUCUCCACUUUUCAUUUUCUUAUUACUGAUUGCUCAAGCUUGUGGUACGAUGCAAUCACAUAUAAUUAGUGUUUAAGAUUCUUUCUUCUACAGGUAGGUUCAGUUAGCUGAAUACUAUAUGGUAAGCUAGGUUUCUCGAAAGAUGAGAUGCACUUAAAAACUCGUUUAAACUAUAUUCUCCAAAUUAAAUGAAUAACUUCAGAAACAUUUGCAAAAUAUGGCAGACAGUGUCGAAUCGAGGCAUUCAAUUUUCUUACUAUUUGGUCUUUUAACUAGAAAAUCGAAUAAUACUUAGUUGGUAGACAAACGAUCAUGUAUUUGAAUCGAUGCAUGCAAUAUAUGUUUUGUAAGAACAAUGCGAGCCCAGGUAAAGCAAGCAAGGGCUUUAGGCUCCAAAUUUUAAAUUUGGGGAAUCAAUUACAAAUAAUUUCUUUAGUAUAAUGGUUGGAAGACUUAAGAGCAUCCCCAUUAGCGAACUCCAUGGAAGAGGUUCACAAAACAUUUUUUUAUUAUUAUUUUUUUUGGGUUGGAUUUUGUUUUUAAAAAAAAAAAAAAAAAAAAAUUAUUUUUUUGGACCAGUCGCGGGCCGCCACGUGCUGUGGGGCCCGCGCUACAGUGAUGAACCAGGUUUAUGGGGAAGGGGUGGAGAGAGACAGGUUCAUCACUAUUCCUUAUUUUAAUAUAUUUUUUUUUUUUGAAUGUGUGUGAACCCCCCAUAAGACCAUGCGCAUCAGGGGCUUUAGACGGGUUCACGGGCCCGAGUUCUAAGGCCGGAGUAAUUAAAAAACAAUUUAAAAUGGGUUUGUGUCGAUGAAACGGGCCUUACGGUUGAUCCGCUAUGAAGCGGAUUUAGCCACGCGUCAUAUCCUGGUUGGACGAGAGAAACCGCGUAGAGGGGGAGGAAAGACGGGUUUCCCCGUGUCUCUUCUCAUUUUCUCUUCUCGAAACAAAAGCUAGGGUUUGUUGUGUGAGAGGCGAUAAUACGAGUGACGCGGAGUCUUCACGAGAUUCUCGUUCAAAUCGACGACGGAGAGUCUUCUCCACGACCUCUGGUAAGUAUCGAGUAGAUCGACGGUUUAAUUUCGUUUAAUUUGGUCGAAAUCGUUUACUGAGAUUUAAAAUCAAUUUGGGGUUUUCGAGUUUCGGAUGUAAAUCGAUAACUGGGUUUCGAUUAAUUGAUGUAAAUCGACAUGCGCGUUUAAUUUAGGGUUUGUUUGUGUGAGAUUUCAAAUCGAUUGAGGGGUUUGGAGUUAGGGUUCUCAAUUGAUUCGUUGAUUCGUUUUAUAGUUUUAAUUCCUCAAGAGGGCUCGAUAUAGGGGUCGUUUUAGUAUAUUGUUUCGAUUAUAAUGUUCUAAUAUAUUGGGGUUUUUUCACAGAUGGAUCCCGCGGAUGAGAGAAGCCAUUCAAAGAGACAAAAGGAGUAUUUUGACAUGCUACAAUACACUUGUGAUUCAGAAUAUGGGAUUCCUAGAAGGUGUUCCUGUGGUGGGAGAAUCAUCGACGAGGUUCGAGCCAAGGAGGAGUACGACACUCUUCCUGGGAAGAGGUUCUUCACGUGCGUCAACUACGAGGUAAUGUGGGUUUCAACCUCCUGAUUUUGUUUUUACAUUGUAUAUAUUUCUUGAAAAACCACCUCUGAUAUUUGUUUUGUUCCAAACAAGGCUGAUGGGUUUCACUACCGUCAGCCUUGGGUGUUUGGUGUCCAGGAGCAGAUGGAACGCUUACUCAAGCGUCUUGAGGAGGCUGAGGAGGUGAUGAAGUGGGUGCCGAGUCUCAAAAACAAUAUUGAGACUCUGGAGGUGAGUAAAUGAGUUUGUAUAUCGUCUCUUAUAUUGCUGCAAUUUUUGUAAUGAGUGAGUAAAUGAGUUUCUAUGUGCAGGCCGAGGCAAAAGGGCUGAGUGACCAGGUUGAUCGACUAACUGGGGAGGUUUACAACCUGACGGUGCAAGUGUCUGUGCUGGAGAAGCUCUGCUUCGACUAACAAGCAAAGGUACCGGGUGGGAAAGCGUCUUGAAGUCACGGGUGGUUUGAAGCUUUGUCGUAAGUGUAGCCUUUUUAAUCUCUUGUCUUUGUCUCUGUUUUAAUCACGGGUAGAAAGUGUAGCCUUUUGUUUCAUGCUACAUCUUUCAUGUACUAUGGUUGUAAUGUUGCUGUUGAUUCACGGGUGGUUGUGUACCCUUUAUCUAAGUGUAAACUUGAACUCUCUCCCUUUAUAUAAAUGUAUGGUCUUUGGUUAUUGUACAGAACAAGGCAAACUUGAACUCUCUCCCUUGACAAACUUCUCUUCUAUUCUAUUCUUUCUCUUCUUUCUCUUCUUUAUUGUCUCUUCUAUUCUAGGCUCUAUUCUUUCUCUUCUGAUCGUGGUGCUCUAUCUGAUCGUGUAACAACAAGCUUCAAACCACAACAACUACUCAACUUGAACAACCUUCACAACCUCAACAAGCUUCACAACUCAACUUGCUUGAAACCACAACAACCUUCAAACACUCAACAACAAACUCAAGGUAAGUGAAUGAUAGAAUUAGGAAAAAUAAGAUUAGGAAAAAUAUGAUAGAAUUAAUAUAAUUGAAUAAUGAAAAAAAAAGAUUAAGAAAAAUAUGAUUGAAUAAUGAAAAAACAAAGUGAUGAAGUUUAUGAAUAUUAUUGAAUAAUGGGAAAAAAAAAAGAUUAAGAAAAAUAUGAUUGAAUAAUGAAAAAAAAAAGUGAUGAAAAAAAAUAGUGAUGAAGUUUAUGAAUAUUAUUGAAUAAUGGAAAAAAAAAAGAUUAAGAAAAAUAUGAUUGAAUAAUGAAAAAAAUAGUGAUGAAGUUUAUGAAUAUUAUUGAAAAAUGGGAAAAAAAAAGAUUAAGAAAAAUAUGAUUGAAUAAUGAAAAAAAAUAGUGAUGAAGUUUAUGAAUAUUAUUGAAAAAUGGGAAAAAAAAAAGAUUAAGAAAAAUAUGAUAGAAUUAAUAUAAUUGAAUAAUGAAAAAAAAAGAUUAGGAAAAAUAUGAUUGAAUAAUGAAAAAAAAAGUGAUGAAGUUGGUUAAUAUUAUUGAAAAAUGGGAAAAAAAUAAGAUUAGGAAAAAUAUGAUAGAAUUAAUAUAAUUGAAUAAUGAAAAAAAAAGAUUAGGAAAAAUAUGAUUGAAUAAUGAAAAAAAAAUAUUAGGAAAAAAAUAUUAUAAAAAAUAUGAACACAUCCCGUUUUCUGAUUUUAGGAAAAAAUUUCACUAAUGUCUUCCUCAUCAAGUGAUGAAGUUGAUGAAGCUUUAGAAGAAAUGGUCGACCAAGUAGUUGAUAAUUUCAUCGACUCAGUGAUAGAUGCUCACCCCAACAAGCAGAAAAGACGGGCUUAUAUCGAAAGACAUCGUGAACAAGGACACAAUCAGCUAUGGAACGAUUAUUUCCAAGAAAAUCCUACAUACCCACCGCAAAUGUUUAGGAGGCGUUUUCGAAUGAACAAGCCAUUGUUCCUCCACAUUGUCGAACGUGUAAGUAAUGAAGUUCCAUACUUUCAGCAAAGACGAAAUGCUUGCGGAAGGUAUGGGCUAUCUGCACUUCAAAAGUGUACGGCAGCUAUACGUAUGCUGGCAUAUGGUCAAUCAGGAGAUACAUAUGACGAGUAUCUCCGACUUGCUGACAGUACUUCACGUUUAUGUUUGGAAAAUUUCACUAAUGCAAUUAUAAAUUUGUUUGGAGAUGAGUAUCUCCGCAGCCCUACAGCUGAGGAUCUUCAACGAUUGCUCGAUGUUGGAGAGGUACGCGGUUUUCCAGGGAUGAUAGGCAGCAUCGAUUGUAUGCAUUGGGAGUGGAAAAACUGCCCAACCGCUUGGAAAGGUCAGUACACACGUGGUACGGGAAAGCCGACAAUUGUCUUAGAAGCUGUGGCAUCACAAGAUCUUUGGAUAUGGCACGCAUUUUUCGGAUUACCAGGUACCCUCAAUGAUAUCAAUGUUCUUGAUCGGUCACCGGUUUUCGAUGACAUCGUACAAGGUCGAGCACCAAAAGUUAAGUUCAAGGUCAACAACCACACUUAUCGUAUGGCGUACUAUCUUACUGACGGAAUUUAUCCAAACUGGUCAACAUUUAUCCAAUCCAUCCCACUUCCUCAAGGUCCUAAAGCUGAGAAAUUUGCAAAAAAACAAGAAUCCGCCAGAAAAGAUGUCGAACGGGCUUUUGGAGUAUUACAAUCAAGGUUUGCAAUUGUUAAAAACCCAGCUCUACUAUGGGACAAGGAAAAGAUAGGAAAGAUAAUGAGAACUUGUGUCAUUUUGCACAAUAUGAUAGUGGAGAACGAACGACACGGAUACGCUCAAAUUGACACAUCUGAGUUCGAGUCAGGAGAGUCAAGUAGAAGUUCGAGGGUGACAAGGAGGGAUAGUAUUCAUGUCGAUAUGUUAGGCAUGCGCAGAGAAGUUCGAGAUCCAGCGAAACAUGCUCGUCUUAAAGCUGAUUUAAUGGAAAAUAUAUGGCAAAAGUUUGGUGAUGACGAUGAAUAAGCUUUGUAUGUUAUUGAAUUUCUUGUUUUAUGUAUUCUACUCAUUAUGUAUUGAAUAAAAUGUUUAAAAAAAUUUAAAAUAUAUUUUAAUGUAUUAUUUUAUUCAUGUUUUCUCAAUAAUUAGAAAUUUGGAAAAAAAAAAUUAUUAUGAAUAAUAAAUAUUAUUAUUUUAUUUCUAUGAACUUCUUCUUUAGGUUCACUAAUGCAGAAAACAAGAGGUUCAGGUUCUUAACUAUUCAUGGACCCACAUAAAAAAUAUUAAAAAAUACUUGUGAACCCCAAGGGGGGUUCACUAAUGCUCAUGGUCUAAGUUCACUAAUGGGGGUGCUCUUAUAUAUCUCCAAAAGGUGCUGAGUUCAUAUGUUUGAAAUUUUGCUUUAGGCGUCCAGUUGUUCUGGACCAGCAAUGUGCGAGCCAUGUUUUAUCUCAGAAAUUUACGUAGCUCUUUUAUCAACCAGGCGAGUAUGUUAUUCAUAGGCACUAAUAUUAGGUCUUUAUAUUUUGAACAAAAAUAAUAGUGAUACGGAAUUUAUUUGCAUGACUAAUAGUAUCAAUUUCUACAUGUAAAAUUGUACACAUUAUUUUGUAUAAGUUAAAAAGAAACUUACUACAAUUAAUGUAAUAAGUAAUAAAACGUUGUUCCUUGAAACUAGGUUUUUGGAUAUUUCAUUUAUCACUAUACUAAUAUUGAGUCUAAAAUAGUUUCUUUGAGAGGUUUCUGAGUUGUCCAUUUAUUGGAUAGUUCAUUUCGUACUACAGUAAAUUCAAAGUAGCAGAAAGGGAUAACUUAACCAAUGUUGAAUAAAACUAAUGCUAAGCUCAAUAUAAACCCCAAGAAAAGAAAAGAAAAAACAAAGCGAAGUAAGAAGCUAUAAGAGAUAGACUGACAUGCAUCAUGCAUGCAUGCUCCCUCAACCAAAAGACAAAACACAUAGUGCAGCAUCAAUGGCCCAGUUGUCACCACAACUCUUUUUUUAUUAUAUAUAGCUAGGAACUUGUUUUAUUUUAUGGUUUAUAAUUGAUUUAUUAUCUUGUUUAAUCAAAACGAGCCUGAGUUUGCUUAAUUUUGUAAUAAGAUAGGAAUCAAGCUAAGGAUCGAUGGAGAGCAAAUGAUAAAUACAAUGUACUGUAAUGAUGCUUUCAAGUACUCUUCAAUACCUUCCAAGGCCACAUGUUCAAUAUUUAAUCGGUCCAGAUAUAUGAAAGUUAUUUGAUAUGCUAAAGAGAAAAUGUACCUGGACCAUUUUCUAUUUAUAUUAGACUAAUCUACAUGUGAUUUUCUUACUCUUUGAUUUUACUUUAGAUCUACAUAUAGAUCAUCUAAUUUCUUUUUACCAAAUAAUGCGUCAAGUCACACGAUCUAGUCGACACCAAGUGAUACGAGCUAGGCCAAACAAUUAAAAAAUAUUGUGAAUGAUCGAAUAGGAAUAAGGAGGAUGUAAUAUAAAAGUCAUGAAUUCAAACCUAUCUUAAUUGAUUAUGUACAUGUUUUGGUUCAUAUCCGAAAAAAAAUGAUAGAACAUAAAAGAAAAACUCAUUGUCAUUAAGAAAAAUAUAAACAAGUUUAAGUGAAUGUUGUUGUCUACCAACUUGUUAAAUUCCUUCAUUUCGAAGCACAACAAAAAAUAUACAUGAUAACAACAAGUGUACCUACCAUCACUAUAAUAUAUUGAUUAACACACGUCAGUCCUUAUGAAAGGUCAAUGGAGGUCAUGGAAGAAGAAGAAGAAGGGCCAAUGCAAAUUGGAAGUUAGGAAGAAGACCAAAAAAAAUCCAUCCUUUUUGGGAAAUUCAUUACAACCCCAUAAUCCAUGAAAUGAAUCUCUAUCUACAUCUCAGUAGCAAAAUCUUUAAAGUAAAAAAGAAGAGAAAAUGGCAAAAGAUGUAGGUGUUUAGACAGCUAAGAGUGUUCCUCAGUCGCCCCACAAAAAGUCAUCUCUCCCCUCUCUUCAGUCUUUCUCAGCUCUCCAAAAAUCUUCUUAAAUGGUUCCAAGUUCACUGCUCCUAAAGGCCACGUCCUCUUCUCCCUCACACAUGCCUGAUGCAUCCUAUGACCUUUCCUUUUCUAUCCAUUUUCUUUCUGCAAAAGCAAAACCAGAAAACAUAUUUACAAAACUUGGGAAAAUAAAGAGACACUGUGACACACCACCACCACCACUGUGAAAACAGACUUAUCCAUGAUAUUAAUCUUCAUAACUCAUAAUCACAUACUUUCUUCAUAUAAACCCCGAUCAUAAUCUAUAUAUUUCAUUUAGUCGCCCACUGUAAUAUAAUAUGAAGGGACUGUACUGAAAUGGCAGAGACCAUAAAGCAAAAUAUAUAUAAAAAAGGCCAUUUUUAUAGAUUUUUGAUAAAUUUUUAAUAAAAUAAUACGUAUAAUGGUAAAUUUUUCAAAAAAAAAAAAGCCAUUUU